UUUUCCUGUUUAUCGCCACUGCAUUACGCCAAUGGCCUUCUAAAUAGAACGACUAGGGGGAUGCGAAGAUGGGAACAGUGUUUUUCCCCAUGCCCAUCAUGUAUCUGCUUUAUUUUCCUCUGUAUAAAUAGAAGACAAGGAGAUGCAAGCCAUUUUUCUUUCCUUAAUCCCAACACCUAUUUAUCUCAAACCCGUUGAUACCCUUCAAGUGCUUCAACCAAUUCAAGCAAAGAGCCGAGGAAGCCUACAAAUUUUCGAUUUUCCUUUCCACACUUUACAUCGACGUAAAAAUGUUCAGUAACAAUACUAUCACCGUUGUUAUCAUCAUCGCCCUGACUGCCAUGACUUCUGUUUCAUCCAUCUCUUGUCAAGAUCAAGCAUCUCCUAGCCGUGGUGUAUUCUGCGUCGGCGCCUCAGAUCCCUGCCCACGUGGAUAUCGUACCAUAGCUAUUGAUUAUGAUGACCCAUCGCCUUGCCUUAAGGGGGAACGUUGCUGCAUAUAAGAAAGACUGAUCAGGAGGAGGGAUGCAACAUCGUCACAUCUUAGCAGUAUCGAAGCUAUUGUUUAAUCUAUUUAGCUUGAUAAUGCACUUCAAGUUGAUGAAUAAAAUAAGACAGAAAGUCAACCCAAUUUAAACAUAUCGCAUA